GGGUUUUUGUCACUAUUGCUAUCCCCUUUUCUACUUGUUGUUUUGAUAUCAUGUGGGCUACGGGUUUUAAGAAAAGACUCUAUUUUUUUGACGUUUGGGAAACCAACAAUUGGGGGCAUUGAGUUUUUUUCAAUAACAGUUCGAGAACCUGAGCGUGAUGCAGUUUCAUUUUUUUGUACAGUGCAUCGUCCAACAAUUCGUUUCUACUGGUCAUUUGGAAAAGAAGACCUUAUGAUGUGUUUACCUAAAAUUCGAUUUUCGAUUCAUUUUUUAGAAAUAGGUGUUGUUAAAAAGCACAAUGAUAUAAAAAACAUUUCAUCGAUAAAGACGUUUAAAUAUCAAAGGUUUCAAGGAUUCUUAUCGUGGAUGUGUUCAUAUUUAUUUUUUUUUAUUUUAUUGAGAAUUGAUGAUAUGCAGAUUUUGGUUUAUGUUUCAGAAAGUUUUUUGACAAAAGAACAUGUGAAAGAAGAGAUGAAUAAGGGAAAAUAUGAGACAAUUCAGAGGCUUGAAGAAGGAAAUCAUUUUAUAACAAGCUUCUUCAAGGAAACAAGAAAUAAGAACCUUUUAAUUGAAAGUAUGGUUCGUGGAAUUGUUUUUCAAAUAAAAUGUCGCGUUGUUUGUAUGGAAAGCAUGAUUUCAUGUCAUAAAACUUCAACAAAUAGCAUUUCUUGUGAUGAAUUACAAUCACAAUGUUACAUUACUACAGUUAACCGUGAUUCGAGAUUAUUUAAGUUAUUCAAAGAAAAUUUGAUAGUUCAAGAAUGCUUCAACGACAAGGGUGUUUUUUGUAAUGAUGAGGAACGAAAAGUUAUGCCAACCAUUUUUUGUGUAAUGAAUCAAUGGACUUGUUCGAUUACGAAAAAAAUUGGACGCCAUUGUUUAUGGAAAGAUAACUCAAGUUUUAAUCAGUAUCAAGUUUUAAUUUCAUUUUUGAAUGAAAAGACACAUUUUGAUAAAAAUAUCAACCUCCAUAUAUCUAUGGUAGCCUUAGCAAGACUAUUUUUGUAUAGUUCAUAUUAUCGAAAAAUAAUAAAGAAAUUGAAAGAAGACACUCUAUUUAAUGCAGACGAAAGACAUUCCAACAGUUUGUUUUCAAAAACAUUGAAAUCUUCUUAUAUUGUGUGGAAUAUAAAAUGCAUUCGUGUGAUUCUUGAAGAUGAACAACUUCCUCGAUUUUUUCUUUAUGAGGCGGAAGAUGUGACACUUACUAAAAAGAAAUGGAAUGAAAACAAUUGUUUUGAGUAUAAGAAUAGCUCAGCAUCUAUGUCAAUUAUUAAGAAGGAAAUUAACCUCCCUACAGUACUACCAGGUUCUAAAAAAUCAGAAAACGACUAUACCAAAAAGUUAUUUUUCAAAAAGUUGAAACAAAUGAAGGAAAUGAGUGAACCGUUAGCAUGCAUUACAGGUAUUGGUGUAACAAUGAGAGAAACUCGGAAUGAAAAAACGUUAAACACAACGUAUCAAGUUCAUUUCAAAAUCAGUCAAAUAAUAAUGGUGUAUUUACCUUAUGGACUGAUUUUUUGGUUACAACAGGUUGUACAUGUGUAUGACUUGUUUCGUUUUUUUCAAAAAGAAACAACACUGAAGAAUAUCGUUCAGCACAAUGUAGGUAAUUGUAUUCGGUAUUCUUGUGGUAUUUGUCAUGAAACUUUUGGGUCAUCAAAAUGUCAUUCGGGUUUUCGUUUAUGUUUUUGUAACAAAUGCAAUGUGGAGAAUGAUUUUCAUACUUACGAAAAUGAUACUAAAAUGGGUGUACAUCCAACAUUACCUAAGGAUUUUCUAAAUGUCAGUAAUAUUAAACGUUUUAUAAGGGAAGAAGGUUUUGACUCUCAAUUUUUUUUUAAAAAUUUUUGUAAAGGAUUACGUAUUGAUAUUGAUAUUCUUUGGUUCGUUUCACCGUAUAGUGAAUUCACAUUAUUGAAUAAGACUACACUUAAUGAACAAUCAAAAGAGUUACUUAUACUCCAAGCAACGCAGAUAAUUUUUGAAACAUCUCCUUUAACGAAAUUUCCUUUGUUUUAUUUGAAAACGUGUACAGUCUUUGCAUGUGAUGGGAUACCUUCGUUGUCGUCAGCUUCUUGUAUACAAAUACCUAAAAAGCUUCACUCAUGGUUAAAUGAUUGUUCCAAUGUGUCAAAACAGUUCUACAACACGGAGCCUGUUGUUUGUUUUAAAAUGAAUUCAACCAUAAUAGUUUAUAGUCGCCUUAUUUCGUCGAAUCUGUACCGUAUAACAAGACCCCUUCUUAUCAUGGACUUGCAACAUAUUGACAUUGUUAAGACUUUGAAAAUGAUACAUGGUGUGUGGAUGGUACUGGAAAUGAUAACAAAGGAUACAUUUUUUUUCAAAAAACAAUUAUUUUUAACAAAGGAAUUUUUUCCAGCUUCCAAAUCAUUGUACAGUUGUGAUAUAACACUUCAAACAGAAAGCGUCACAUUAUUGCCAUCUAAAAAAACAAAGAUGUUUUGUGAGACACUUACAAUGUAUCGGGAUAGCAAUAGCAAAACAACCAGUAUCAGUGUGGAUCAUGCAUUGAUAUCGACAUCCUGGAGUAUUUCUGAGCUAUCGUAUAUUAAAAUGGACAAGUUGAGUUUUUGGUCAGGCUGUUGUGUGUUAUCACGGCAAGAAUCACUUAAAGAUUUACAAAAUUUCAUUCAUGUACAAGAAAAUGUAAUGAAUGGUUUUGCAUGGACCGUUUAUCACAAGAAAAUUCAUAUUAAAAAUUUGAGAUUGUUUGUAAAUAUUAAUCAUUCAUAUCAUAUGUUAAAAGAAGAAUUCUUUUUAAACUUUUUAGAAAUUCUGCAAGAAGGAUUCCGCGCUAGGCCAUUACUUGAACAUUAUGUUUGCGAAAAACCUAAGGCAUGGUUAUAUGAUACGUAUAAUGUUUUACCCGAGUUAGACUCUCCGUUUCAUCGAAUUUCUUUAGCUAUACAAAAUGGUUUAUUGUGUUUCUUAUACUCGGAUGCGGUGUUUCAACAAAAGAAAGGAAAAGUAGUAAUGGGUUUAGAAAAUGGUAUGGAUGAUGAAUCAAGUCGACAGGUUUUUAAUAAAAAGCGUGCCGAGUGUCAUUUUCCUAACGAUUCUUUCUGGGGUUGUUUUGGUACUCCUUUACUGAUGAUAAGUGUUGAGUCAUGUUUUUUACAAAUGCAAAACCCUCUUCUUCGAGUUGACGCUGUAUUGAGUAAAAAAAUGGCUUCCAAUGUGUCUACUCUUUUUUUAGCUUCACAUACACUGAAAGGACUAACAUGUAGUGGUUUUAAUGUCUCCAUAAGUCAAAAAAUUAAUUCGCUUCCGUCACCAACAAAAAUGUGUUGUUGUUUUCUGUCAUGUAGUACGUUAGGUUUGUUGGAUCAUAGAAAUUCAAUCACCGAUAAACGAUCGGUUGUUCAUAAUCUCUACAUUGAACAAUCUGAUUUUCUACAUAUUGAAAUAUCAGGACCGUUAUUUUCUAUUGUCCAUUAUCUUGUGCAAAAAGUUUUUCCUCUUGUCAAAAGGUGGUGGACAUCUUCAAAGAAUAGAAAACGUUGUAUUGACUCAAGUGUUCGUGAAGAAAAGUUUAGAACAAAUUUGUCUUUUCAUAUCAGUGGACUUGGAGUUCUUUGGAAAACAGUUGAGAUUGACAUGAAGGAAGGACUUUUUAUCCAUGUUCCCCUCGCUUCUCAACAAACAAUUAUUGAUCCAGAAACAUGUCUUAUUAAUAUCCAAAAAAACAUUUUCCAUCUAACUUUUUGUCAAGAAAUGGAUGAUCAAAAUUGUGUACUACGUCAAACAUGGAAUCUUGAAGCUAUCAUUUAUGGGCCAUCUGGGUUAGCAUCUUCUUCAUGUGAAGGAAACAAAAAUUUUGCAUGUCAACAACCAUUUUUAUUUAAAAUAAAAUCAAUGAAAGAACAUUGGAAACUUUUAUAUAAAUGGACUUGGUAUAAACGUUUUCUUUAUAAGGAAUCCAUAGUCAUUCCAAAACGGGAGUGUUCAUUUGUUGGAUCUUUAAUCAAUAUUCAUCCUUCAACUUUAUUUCACCUUAUCUACUAUUUAACAUCGAAUGAAAAAACAAAUGAUCACUGGAAUCACGACAAAUCUUUUGAUUUUAAAUCAGAUAAUUCAUACGUCAAGACACAUGAAGUAUUGAAAAUACAAAAAGAGUUUAAUGUCAAAACGAUUGUUCAUUAUUUGAAAAUUCGACUAGGGAUGUUUCGAAUGAAUGUUUUAUAUGCUAAAAUAUCGCAUCAUUCAAAUUUCCCUUUUAAUAAAGCUGAAGAACAUCGCCCAAAUUUAAGCCAUUUCAUUUUCGAAAAUAAUAUUGAAACGUCCUGUAUUUUCAAGGCUUGUUCUCUUGCUUCCGAAUAUGAGCGACAAACCCGUGGUAGGAUGGUAAACAAACGUUAUGGUUCAUUUUUAUAUUUACCUCAUGUACCGCCUUGCUCGUGUGAUAAACUUGUACCUUUAAUUCGUAUUUCUAUAUUAUAUUUGGGCUUACAGAAGAAACAAGUGCAAGUUCACAUAGAAAAAUGUCAACUUUCGUUUAACGUCUUAACGAUUCCGUCGUUAUUAGGAAAUUUUAGACCGAUGUAA